AUGAAUAGCUAUUUCUAAUAAAUCAAUAUGCCAGGGGUUUUUACCAUAUCUUAAUGGAAUACUUUGGCUGAUUCUCUUUCUGAUUCAUUUCCUAAGUGCGAUUUAUAAUAUUUAAAAUGGGAUUAUAGAAGUUAAAAUAUAAAGAAUCAUUUAUUAAAUGAAGCAAAUGCAGAUAUUAUUUGCUUAGAGGAAGUUGAUCAUCCUGUAUUUUUUUCAUCUUUUUUGGAUUAAACUCAUGAAAUAGUUUUUCAUAAAAAACCUGAAGGCGAAGAUGGCUAACUUGUAGCCAUCAGUAAAUAAAAAUUUUAAAUUUUAAAACAUUAAGCAAUUUAAUAUAAAUCUGGAGAUGGAAAAAAAGAUAUGAACUAAUCCUAUUGGAGUUUGAUUAUCUUAGAUAAGUAGAUUGAUAAAUAAUUCUUACUUCUAGUCACUCACUUGAAAGCGAAAAAAUAGUUUGAAGAUAUUAGGCUUUUAUAAGUUGAAUAAAUUUUAGAGCAUAUUUAAAAAAUUUAAUAAGAUUAUAGCAAAGAUAUUCCUAUAUUAAUUGCUGGUGAUUUUAAUGCUGAACCUACUUACUCUUGCAUCUAAAAAAUAAAAUAACAAGGCUUCUUAAAGAGUGCAUAUGAAGAUAAGGGAUUAACAUUUACAACCUAUAAAGUUAGAGAACCAAAUGAUGUUUAAAUUAGAAUGAUAGAUUAUAUCUUCUAUACUCAAAACAGCAUAGAACUUCUCUCAAUUAAAAAUUUACCAACUUAAGAUUAAAUUGGGCCAAAUGGUCUUCCAAAUUAGACUUUCUCAGGUGAUCAUCUAAGUUUAACAGCAACAUUCAAAUUUAUAAAAUGA